GCUGAGCUCGUGUGCGGUGGUGGUAUCGGCAGCGGCUGCAGCGAAAGAGUUUGGCACGAUGUCUCACACCAUUUUGCUAGUACAGCCUACCAAGAGGCCAGAAGGAAGAACUUAUGCUGACUAUGAAUCUGUGAAUGAAUGCAUGGAAGGUGUUUGUAAAAUGUAUGAAGAACAUCUGAAGAGAAUGAAUCCCAACAGUCCCUCAAUCACAUAUGAUAUCAGUCAGUUGUUUGAUUUUAUUGAUGAUCUGGCAGACCUCAGCUGUCUUGUUUACCGAGCUGAUACCCAGACAUACCAACCUUACAACAAAGAUUGGAUUAAGGAGAAGAUCUACGUGCUCCUUCGUCGGCAGGCUCAACAGGCUGGGAAAUAGUAGAGUUGGAAGCAAUAAGGGGUUGGGGGGGUGGGCUUGGAACACAGGUGUGUACAGUGUGUUGUAGUGGGAGUUUUGUAUUAUAGUAGUCCUGUUUCCAUUUUGUUACACUCUAGCCAGGAUUGAAUGUAUUAGAUGACAUAUGAGGAUUUUGUUCCAUCUAAAAUCCCCAUUGCUCCCCACUUCUCCUUUUUCUUUUCUUUUUUUUUUUCUACUUUAACAUUUUUAUGAUGGCUUAGAAGAAAGUUGUCAGUUAAUGUUGGUUCCAAUCCUCUUAAGAUGUUCAUAUCUACUUUAUAACAUUUCACUGUAUUAACCCUUCUAUGAGAUGAAUGGGGGUGGGUAGUAGUGACAAAAUUUAGUCAUGUCUUCAAGGUAAACUCUCAGUUCAAAAUAAAUCCUCUUUAGUUA